AUGAAUGCACACGGGUUCUUUUUCUUUAAGUUCAAAACUAAAGAAGGAAUGGACCAAAUGUUAGAGGAUGGUCCGUGGAUGAUACGAAAUGUUCCAAUAAUUUUGAAACAGUGGUCUGCCUCUACCAAGUUGGAAAAAGAGGAACUGAAAUCUAUUCCAGUGUGGGUCAAGAUGCAUGAUGUGCCUUUAGCGGCAUUUACGGAGGAUGGGCUUAGUCUUCUUGCAUCGAAGAUUGGGGUACCUAAAAUGUUGGAUUCGUAUACUGCCACAAUGUGUACGGAAUCUUGGGGAAGAAGCAGCUAUGCUAGGGCACUCAUUGAGGUACAGGCAGGGGCUGAUUUAAAGAAGAGUGUUAAUGUUGCAAUCCCAUCUUUGGAGGGUGAUGGCCAUUCAGUGGCGGAGGUUAAGAUUGAGUAUGAUUGGGAACCGUUAAGGUGUUCGUCUUGUUGUGUGUUUGGUCAUGAUGUUUCUUCGUGCCCAAAGAACCUCCAGGUUGUUCCAAAUGGGGAUUCUGGAAAGAAUGGUGAUGAAUUUCAGGUCGUGGGUGCCAAAAAGAAGAAAGCUUCUACUCAAGGGCUUCAUAUAAAAAAUCAAAAACCUAAGGUAGUCUAUCGUCCAGUUGCCAAAUCUAAACCGAAUUCGGCUGUGAAAAAUUCGAAUCAGGUUUCAACGUCGAACCCCUUUGAUAGUCUUAAAGAUGAUGAUGGUAAUGGUACCACGGUGGGUCGAGUGGCUGGUAAUCAGGGAGGUACCACCGUGGGUCGAGUUGAGAAGAAACCGUCGAGUGACAGGCAGGAAUCGGAUGAGGAGGAGGUUGAAGAAGUCUACAACGAAACUAGUGCAUUCAUGACAUCGGGUUACAUGAAUAAGUAUAUAUGGGUUGUGUUUGGGUGUAGCGAUUCAACCUGUCAACCUGACACGAUUGAUACCCCGACUGAAAAUCACAAGUACAUUUAG